GUCAGUGUAGCAUUUGGGUCAGUGUUUACUCUGUUUGAAUAUAUCAAUGGCUUCCCUGAAAAUUGUUACUCCAGUUCUGAUCACCCUCUUGAUUGUGUUGUUUACCUUCUCUGAAGCUAGAGAGUUUGUGGUUGGAGGCCAUGAAAAUUCAUGGAGUUUUCCAACUUCUUCAGACUCUCUUAAUGGCUGGGCUCAGAAAGAGCGAUUUGAAGUUGGCGAUAUUCUUUUCUUUGCUGAAUCCGACCCCUUGAUUGACUCAGUACUUGAAGUGACAAAGGAUGACUACGAUAAAUGCUACGUAUCAAAUCCAAUCAAAGAACAUACGGAUGUCAACACCAAAGUAGAGUUGGACAGGUCAGGACCAUUCUAUUUCAUAAGUAACGCUGUGGUGAGCUGUGAGAAAGGCCAGAAGCUGACUGUGGUUGUGUUGCACAAGCAUCCUAAGCCUCCUCCGCCACCAGGUCAUGCAGCAAGUCUAGCACCAUUGUCUUCGUCACAAAAGGGUCCUGCACCAAGUCAAGCACAACCGGCUCCUCCACCAAAGAAUCCUGCCCCAAGUCCAGCACCAUUGUCUCAGCCACCGACAGCUGGUGCGUUUGGAUUGAGGGGUGGAUUUGUUGGUAUUGUUGUGGGAAUUAUGAGUUUGGUGAGAAUAGUUUUUGUUUGAGGGACAUGUGUGAUUGUGUGAAGAGGUGAAGGAUGUGAACUUGUACUUUUAUUAUGAGUUUAUCUUGUGUGAAUGCUGCAGAUUGCAGAAGGGAGAUGUGAACUUGAACUUUGGAGAUAUGAAAAGAUUAUCAAUUUAUCAUGAUGUAAAUGUUUUUCUACCUUUUCAAUAAAUAAAUAAAAGCAAAUAUUCUUUUGAA